AUGGGGUCCCUGGCGUGGCUGUCCAUGGGGCUCCUGCCCCUUCUGCUCCUGGCGACGCAGGGAUACAGCUCGAAGUCCUGUGGGCGCCGCCCCCUGAUGUCUGGCUACAGCGGGAUGCGGAUCGUGGGUGGUGCAGAUGCUCUGCCGGGGGCCUGGCCUUGGCUCGUCAGCAUCCAGAUCCCCACCCGAAUGGGCCCCCGGCAUUCAUGUGGUGGGUCCCUCAUCAGCACUCGCUGGGUCCUCACAGCAGCUCACUGCUUCAAAGUCAAGAGAAGGCUUCUGGCUCGGUGGAGGAUUGUGAUUGGCAUCUCAGAGCUCUCCCACCUGUCAGCCUUAGCGCAGAUCCGCUCAGUGCACAGGGCUGUGCUGCAUCAGGAGUACAAUCCACGCAAGGAGACAAAUGACAUCGCCCUCAUCCAGCUUGACCGUCCUGUGACCUUUGAUGACCUCACACAGCCGGCUUGCCUGCCCAGCGCACACAUGGCUGUCACCACCUUCUCCCCCUGCUACGUCAGUGGUUGGGGCACCACCACCCAGAACACCGUGGAGACAGCCGACAUCUUGCAGGAGGCCAAGGUGCAGCUCAUUGACAUCACAACCUGUAACAGCAGCCGCUGGUACAAGGGGGCCAUCGCCAGCAACAACCUGUGUGCAGGGUAUGAGCAAGGAGGCAUCGACAGCUGCCAGGGGGACAGUGGGGGACCAUUAAUGUGCAAAGAUGAGGUCACAUCCCGAUAUUACGUGAUUGGCAUCACCAGCUGGGGCCAAGACUGUGCCCAGGCCUACAAGCUGGUCCUAUACACCUCUACCCAGCCCUUUCUGGAGUGGAUCCUGGCGAACACUGGGUUCCUGGAGCCUGAGGAGAAGACGACGCCUGAGGAGAUUCUGCCACCACAGAUCGUGCCCCUCCAGUCUCCUGCUGCUGCCACCAAACUUGCACCUGUCCUUCUCCCUGUCCUGCAAGAGCCAGUCGCCCCCCUGGAGCCACCCUACAUACCUUCAGAGCCACCCUAUGUACCCCCCGAUCCAGUCAUCCCCCUGCAACCACCCUACAUACCUCCAGAGCCACCCUACAUACCACCUGAGUUAGUUGCCCCCCUGAAGCCACCCUACAUACCUCCAGAGCCACCCUACAUACCCCCUGAGCCAGUUGCCCCCCUGGAGCCACCUUACAUACCCCCUGAACCACCCUACGAACCCCCAGAGACACCCUACAUCUCCCCAAAGCCAGCCAUUCUCCCAGAACCAGUGAGCCCACACAGACCAUCCCUCACCCACAAAGCCAUUUAUCCCCCACAAAUUAAUCUCCCCAAAGCCAGUUAUCCCCGCAGACCAGUAAUUGUUCUGAAACUACUGAUCCCUCCAAAGAUAUACACCCACACCCGUCACAAAAAGAGCAGCCCCUCCCCACCAGCUGUCUCGGCCCUGUCUGCACCCCAGAGGCCUGGAAUUGCCUAG